UUUCAGUUUUCUUGACAACUGUUAAGGUAUUGCAUAAAUUUAUCAGAAAAGAAUUAUUCGAACUGAAUAAAAAUUAGAACUAAAAUGUCUGAAAAUUCGCAAAUUCAUAAUUCCGAAGAUACCUUGAAUGUGCUGCACGCCAUAUCGGAGUUAGUGAACACUGGUCUAAGUAAAGAUUCUCUCAAAAUCUGCAUGGAACUCUUGGAACAUGGUGUUUCUUCUCUGGCGUUAGCGGAGGCCAUCAAGGCCAUUAGAAAGGGCGUUGAAAAGAAGGAAAGUGAGGAAGAGGACUCUCAAUCGGCAAAUGGCGAUUCCGGCCAACCAUCUCCAGUAACAUGCAGAAAAUUAUUCUGAGUCUGAAAUUUAUUUUAAACAUGUUCAAAUUGUGUUUCUCAAAUUAAAAGUUCAGCUCCAGAUGUU